AAUUGUCAAUACAAAAUAAUGAAUUGAGGUUAUGUUGUUAUUAAUUAAAUUAAAUACAUUAAAUACACUGAACUAAAGUUUGAUUAUUCCAUUAACCGAUAAAAAACCGUACAAUAUACUGGUGUGACUUAUUUGAAGUGGAUCUCCUUUAAAAUUAUGGAUACUUUAUACCAUCAAACAAAUCAAUUAUUACAAGAUGUUUCAGAUCUUUUUAUUCGAUUAGAAAAGGAAACCACAAAUCAAGAAGCAAUUGAAAAUGAUAUUCAAGCCAAAAUUAAUGCAAUUAGUGCAAACUGUGAAAAGCUGGACAUAUAUGUAUUCAAAACCCCUAUCAAUCAGAGACCAAUGGCCAAAAUGAGGGUUGAUCAGUUGAAGUAUGACAAUAAACACAUACAAGCAUCCCUGAACAAUGCUAAAAGCCGGCGACAGAGGCGGGAGCAGGAGAAGUCGGAGCGGGACCAGCUGCUCAGCCGCAGGUUUGGCCACGACCAUACGGAGAUCACCGUGGACUACCUCGCACAGGAGCAGAACUCCCUGCAGAACUCACACCGCAAUGUCGAUGACAUGCUCAGUACAGGCUCCAACAUCCUGACGACGCUGCGCUACAACCGAGACACCCUGAAAGGCGCCCACCGACGUAUGAUAGACCUGGCGAAUACCCUCGGCCUGUCCAACGCCACCAUCUCACUGAUAGAGAGAAGGGUGGCUCAGGACAAGUAUAUACUCUUUGGCGGUAUGUUUGUAACGAUAGCCGUGAUUGUGCUAGUGGUUGUGUAUCUUACGUAGGGGUUAGUGAAUUGGAGGAUGGAAACUAAUGAAUGAUUUGGUUAUACUCGACGAAUAUAGAUAGAUUGUGUUUCGUGGUUAAAGGAAAAUAGAGGAGGGGCAUACUUUCAUGAUUAUUACUUGAACCCGUGGGCAAUUCUGCCACUUAUGACCCAUUUUGAUAUGACUGCGUUUAUGAUAGGCCUAUCGGUGUCUGCAUUUUUUUAUCUUUUGGUAAUAUCAACGUAACGCUUGUAUGUUCGAACUUUGGUCGAUAAUUUUAUUCGUUUGAUAUUUAAUUUUAGCUUAGUCACUUCGCACUUAUUUAUAUACUUUCACAAUUAGAAAAAAAUAUUCAUUCCACUUAUAAUUAAUUAGUGCAGUCGGUGAAGGGUGCAUCGCAUUAUCUCUAUUUAGUUUGUUCCACGGACUGAAGCCGAUAUGUUUUAUACAAUAAUUAUUUAUUACUUCAUAUCUUAUCAUGAUUAACUUCACUAAGUGCGCGAGUAUUGGAUAUAGAAUUAAAAAAAACUGUAUUAAUUAUUACCAAUCGCUGCAGCAGACACAUGUACAGUAAAUAAAUAAUUGUAUAAUAUACGUAUAAUGUUAUUUUAGUACCUAAUAUAAUAUUUGUAAAAUAUAAUAAAUGGAUAUUUAUUUAAAACAAGCAA